AUGCCAGCAUCCACGGCUGAUACCAAGACUGGAGACAUAGUGACUGACUCCUACCUCCAAUCAGUCCUGGCCACAUCUCUCCGCACACGCGAGCAAUGUAUGCAACUCAUCGACCUGGUCGGAGCCAACGCCAUCGCCGCCUCGCAGGUACCCUCGGUUGAAGUCCAGCUCGACGUAUCCAAGCAGCAACGCCUACUGUACUCCCACCUCGGCCAGUUGCGGGAUUUGAACCGCAACGCAAUUCUCAAAGUGAGGACUACAAAGCAGACAACGGCAGAGGCGCGGCAAGAAAUCGACAGGCUACAUCUGCAGCUACAGAAUCUGUACUACGAAGAGAGGCACCUCCGAGGCGAGAUUGCCGCGUGCGAUUCGUACGAUCACAAGUACCAGCAGCUCCCCCUGAUACCCGUUGGAGAUUUCCUCGAAAUGCACCCCGAGCACACAGAAGACGAUGAAAGGACAAUGAUGUUUGCACGCAUCAAUCACGAGCUCUCGGAGCGUGAACUGUUGGAGCAGGAGCGGCAAGGCCUACUCAAGAAGAAGCAAGGCUUGAUUGCGGACAACAAGAAGAGGAAGGAUGACCUCGCGAGCUUAGACAAGGAUUUGGAGACAUUCAUCGAUGCUGCCAAACCCAUACAGAAGAUCUUCGAGAAGCAAUACUGA